AUGCAAAAUUUUGAUGAAUCGGAAUCUGAGGGCAGCCACAACAACAAUUCAACCGCACCAUGCUCUUCUUCGGGUACGAACAAGAGUGAAUCAGCAGCAACAACAACAACCACUAGACCAUGUACUAGGUUUUGCUUUGAAGAUGUAGUUACUUUGCAGAGCACGGAACCAUCGGAACCCUCUCAUCGCGAUAAACAUCAACAUAAACACCAUCCUGUGAUGAUUGGUGUUGUUCAAAAAGUAUUUGGGUCUCUCGAUGAUGAUAGUGACUCGGAUGACUCGGAUGAUGAAAGCCUUCCAGAACUUCAAAAAGGACAAGUCGUUGUAGAAUGGGACAAUGGAACAAAGGAAGUCGUUGAAGAGAAUACAUUAAGCUUGAUUGAUCGAUCAUUACUUCAUGGAGAUAUUAUUUGUUUGAUCAGUGAUCCUUUCAAACAGAGUGGAACUGUUAUGGAUGUGACCAUGUAUUGCGAUGUUAGCUUUAUGAACACGGUAGAAUCAUUUACAGGAACAUGUAGAGACAAUGCGGUCAAGAUGAAAAACGUAAAUUCAAAAUGGCUAAAACCUCUACACUAUUACAAGACGGGUUCCUAUGCCAUUUACCAUGAUUGGUUAACAAAAAUUGAAUAUUGUGAAUUUAACGUUGCAAUUUUGUUUAACGAUGGGUCAAAAUGCAUUCUCAAAAGGCCUAAUCCAGUAAAAUUAUUGGACACAGAUAUAGAAGAUGAAAGCCAGGCGUUCUAUCCAUGCCAACUCAUUAAUUUUAACACGAAACAUAGAAAACGGAUUCUGAAUCAAGCUCAUUGGUUGAAUGGAGCAAAAUAUAAUGCUGACAAGCACAAAAUAGGUCAAGUCAUUAAUAUUACUCCCGUGCACGUGUCUGUUUCAUUCAUUCAUUCUGUAGAUAUGAAUGUGGAACCACCUGAUGAAGACAUAACUUUGAAAGACUUGAAAAUUUUCAAAUACUUUACCUACUCGAAUUGGAGCGUCAAUGACAUUGUUGUUUUAACAGACAACAAUGAUGCUCCCCAAUUUGUCGAAAUUGAUGACUAUGAAACACAAUCCAUGGACAUUCGAGAAAAAGUGGUCGUUAUCGAUAAUACUCAUACCGUUGUCGAUGUUGAAUGGCAAGAUGCUUCCAUAGAGAAAGAACUGCCAAGUACCAUGCUUCAACCUUUAGACCAUGUUGGAGAAUAUGACUUUUAUCCUCACGAUUUUGUUGUAAAUAAGAGUGACGAAAAUGAAGAAAAAGCCGUACAGCACAAAGUGGGCUGUGUACAACGUGUAAAUACCAAAGAGAGAAUUUGUACAGUGAAGUGGAUCACAGAUGAAUCGGGAAUACCUCUCGAUAAACCAAUCACGGAAGACCUUUCAAUUUUUGAUCUCUUAGACUCUACAGACUAUUGUUAUAGAUUGGGAGACGUGGUGAUUCGAGUCGACUCAUCCCAAAGCAAUGAUUGGGCAGGAGAAAUUAUCGCCAUGAACGAUGAAGAGCUUGUGGUUCAAUGGAUUGGUGGUAUGGUUUCGAAAUGUGCUUACAAUUCGGUGGUCACUGUAGAAAAAAUUGAAGCCGACUUUAGAGAUGACGAAUUCAAUCCUUACAAUAUUGAUCCUGAGACAAUUGAAGGAUCAGACAAAGCAGCUGAAUUUGAGAGAGAGCUGGCCCUAGCCAAUCGAAUUGCACAGAGAGUAUCAGAAAAUGGAGACGUUCAAUUAGUGCUCCCACCUCAUUUAAGGGCUCGAUUUUCAAAUCAAAGUGAGGACAGUGAUGAUGAAGAGGAUGAGAACGAAUCUUGGGAAACGGUAUCUGGUGAAGGCAAUGACGAAGAAGAGGAUGAGGAUGAACAAUCAUGGGAAACGCUGUCUGCAGAUGAUCAUCAACAGGAUGAAGAAACUUCUAAAAGCACUGACGACGAUGAUGAGGAAGAUUUGUAUGAACGAGGUGUUCAAGAUUACAUUCACAGGCUUAUCCAAUUGUCCAAUGACAUGAGAGAUAGAGAGGGAAAAAUCACAUACAAAUCCUCGUCAUCAGAAGAGUAUAUCAGAACGAAUGAGGAAGAGAAAGCACGUGCCACACGUGUCCACUAUGAUUCAACUGUGUUGGUGCCACCCAACAUUGCAGCUGAAAAGGAAUCUGCAACUUCUGUACCAAGUGAGGAACCCAUUGUAGGUUCUUCAAGCACAGAGACGACCGUUCCAUUUGAACAAUUUGAAGUGAUACCAGUUCAAGAAGGAAUUGACAUUUUAUCUGACCAUCAUUUCAGAACUUAUCAAUUUUCACACAACGCCAACAAGAAAUUCAUCCAAACCGUUCAAAAAGAAUGGCGCCUCUUGAAGAAUCUUCCUAAAAACAUUUUUGUCAAGACCUAUGAGAACAGAAUUGAUUUACUGAGAGCAAUGAUUAUUGGAGCCUCAGGAACACCUUAUUUUGACGGAGUUUUCGUUUUUGACAUUUAUCUUCCACACUCUUAUCCUAGUGCUCCGCCUGUGGUCAAGUUUUUCUCUUAUAACGAAAAAUUGAAUCCAAAUUUAUAUGAGAAUGGAAACAUUUGUUUGAGCUUGUUGAAUACUUGGGAAGCUAAACAUGACACAGAGGCAUGGAAUCCCAAAACAUCAAAUAUUUUACAAUUAUUAUUGAGUAUUCAAGGAUUGGUGCUAGUUCCAGAGCCUUAUUUCAAUGAAGCCAAUUAUGAUCGACAUUUGCAGACCUCAGAAGGAACUAACAAUAGUAUUAUUUACAAUGAAAAUGCAUUACUGCUCUCAGUUCGUCACAUGAUGAAAAAUUUGCGACAUCCACCCAAACAUUUUGAAAACAUGAUUCGAGCGCAUUUCAGAGAACGAGGACCGAAAAUAAUUGAACGACUAUUGUUCUACCUUGAUAAUGAGAACAAUCACAACAUGAGUGGGACAUCCUCCAACUCAACAACUACAUGGUCGUGUGACGCAAAUGGACUGAUGAGACAACCUAGUCAAGGUUUUCUCAAAGUGCUCUCACGUGUUGUUGAAAAGUUUAAGGCACUCUAUGCAGAAACAUUUCAAACUAAUGAUCUUUUGAGAUAA